AUGCGCAACGUCACCUACCUGGCCAAGGUGCGCGCGGCGGCGGCGCCGGCCGGCUGGCCCGACGCACGCGCCCCCGGCGACCUCGUUUGCCCGCGCUGCGCCGCGCUCGUCAACGACAUCGUCAUCUACGAGAGCCGGUUGGCCGACAUGACGCAGCAGCUGGUCGCCAUGGUGACGGCCACGCUGGCGGCGCGUUGUGGUGCCGAGGCCGGCCAGCUGGGCGCCGCAGAUAAACUGAAGUGCAGAAGACCAAGAAAGACAAUUCCAAGGAAAAGCAGCCAGCCCUCUGACGCCGAAGCAGUACCUGACUUAAAUGCGGCGGCGGGGCAGGCCCGGCCGCGCCGUUCCUGCGUCGCCUCCGGGGACAGCUACGGUGACUCGGAAGACGGUGACGACCCUACGAUCGUGGCCAGCCGGACGUGA